UCAUAGGUGGAAAGAUCUCCUUCCUAAACAAACCCAAACCCAAACCCAAAGUAAACAUCCUCUCAUAAUUCUCUUCUCUUCUGAUACGCUUCCAUGGCUAUCCUACGCACCCGCCAUCGUUUAAUCUCAUCGGCACCACCUCCAUCACCCAUCGCCACUGCAAAAGGAUUACGAUCAGCAGCAGUCGACGAUAAGGUCCUAUCGGAGUACCUUGAGAGGACACUUCAAAUCCCCGAUCUAACACUACCGGAGUUUUGCUUUCCGGAGAACGCACGUAGUUGGAUCCCUUCAAGGGUUGAUCUCCGGUCGCUAAUAUCAAAAGACGAGGAUUCAAUUCGUCAGGUAUUAGGAUCAGCGGCAGAGUUUGGCACUUUUCUGAUUAUCGGUCAUGGAAUUUCAGCAGAUGAAUUACAAUCCAUGCUGCUAGAAGCGAAGUGUGCUCCUGAGAUCCCGGCAGAGAAAAGAAGAAUUAUAAACCGAAACUUAAAUGGACGUGGGGAAGUGCACGAGGAAUUGUUCUGGUUUUGCGCUGGAGAAGGGAAGAAGGAAACGCUACGAGAAGAAAUCGGUCCCGAUAGAUAUCGGAGAUUUAGCAAAAAUACAGACAACAUUGAAAGCAAACUUGAAGCCAUUGCAGAUGCAGUGGGACAGAUUCUAUUUCAACAUAAGAGAGUGCAGCACCAGCUGGAUGGCAUCAACACGAGAGGUUCAGUUAUCUGCUUCCACAGACUUAUUGCAAAUCCAAAUGCAACAACAACACGCGAUGAGGAUGAUGAUGAUGAACGAGAACAUACUUCGUCUCAUCAUCAUGCUCUUUUAAGCCUCCACCUUCAUCCCAGCGAUCAAGAAUUUGAUGUACAAACUAGGCAAGGGCUUUUAUCUUUCACCGCCGGCGCUGACACCAUUGUUGUCACCAUUGGGAAACAACUUGAGGAAUGGAGCAAUGGAGAUUUCAAACAUGUGACUUGGGUACCAAUCUUCAACCCAAAUAUUGAUGGCUACUCCUCCAUAGAAUUUAUGCAUUUGCCGGUAUCUCUAAAUCGUAAUAUCAGUCGGAGUACAAGGAUCAUAUCCAUAGUUGAUCAAAUCUUCAUAGCAUUAGCCAUUGCUUUCCUUUAUAUUUUCUACUCAUAUAUAUCUUCUAGAUUUACUAGAAAAUAAUGCCAAUGGGUGGGAGCUUUUCUGCCGAUAUCUGCCUGUGUUGUGAAUACUGGAAUUGUUGCAUGAAAGGAAGGGAUACAGAGAUAUAUACUUGUUAAUUGGUCUUGGGUUCUUACCUCAAAUAGUUGCUAAAGAGAGAGAGAUGAAUGGGAUACAGUUUUUUUUUUUUUUUGAAAUAAGAAUGGUAUACAGGUUGGAUCAUUGUUGUUUGAGACUUUGAGUAUAUUUGUAUGGAUUUUGUUGUCUAUACCUUUUAUUCUUCCUGAGUGGGUUGGUAAAUUAUACAGAACUGAAUGUUAUAUUGGCAGACUCAUUAAUUCAUUAUGUUUAUAUAA